AUGGUACGAAGGGAGUGGAUAAUUUCUUGCGAUCCGGAGAAGACGUAUGGGAACCAUGUGGUCGUCUGUGAACUUACAGUUCCCCUCGCUGGUCGGCCCGGUCAAGCUGAUGAGAUAUUCAGUCCAAGAUCCAGACCUGAUGUUAAGACUUGCAGACAUUCGAGUUUGACUAUUCAUCGGCUGUCAGAGCUCUGUGUAGUUGUGCUAGGCGCGCGUUUACUCGCAGCGCGGUUCACGAAGCCGGAAAUAGGCGCGCAUUUCCUUCCCUCUCACCGCCUCCCCUUCGCCCUCCUCGCUCAAACCUUCUUACAACCACCUCAUACCCUCUUACCUCUAUACAACCCCCCUCUCACUCGUCUAAUGAUCAUUCCACCCGAUGACGAUAAAGAUCCGAACCUCUUCAUCACCCCCACAGCCUCCACCUCCUCCCUCCCUCAUCCUCCUUCCGACUUGACAUCCUCGGAUCGAAACACGACUUUUGGUUAUCCCUUCGGUUCCGACCUUUCCCUCUUCCCUUCUCGACUGAGCAGUCAUGAUGAACAUUUACCUCCUUACGACCCACAUCGAUCAGAUCCUCCCAUACGACAGACAUCCAGAAGGUCUAUCACUCAACCUACCAUUUCAGACCCUCUCAAUCCACAUAUCAGAGAUGAGACCACUCGAAUGUCUUCCAGUCGAUCUCUCCCUUUACCAACUCAAUCCACUAUACGAAUCCAUACCUCAUCUUCUACUCAAUUAAUAUCAGAAAAGAAAAAGAAACGAAGGUUUAUGACCUUUUUGAAAAGAUACAAAUGGUGGAUCAUCGCAGUUGUCACAUUGGUCGUUGUUGGUCUAGCUCUACUCUUAGGGCUUUUGGUGGGAUUAAAAGUUGGUUCAGGUAGACAUCAAAGACCUCCACCAGUGGCUUUCUCACCUUAUAGAGAUAAUAGCAGAAAGGCAGAUACUCAAUGGUCAACGGAUGGAUCGUCAAACUUAACAUGGGUUGAUGAUAGGGACGGCCCUUCACUCACCGAUGGUCACUUUACAACUUGUCACACUCUUCUUCCUCUCAACACUUCCGAUCCUCUUCUUACACUGUCAAGACCAUAUCCCAACUCAAAAGUACUAAGCACCACCUUCUACUUCCCACUCAACCAAACCAACUUGCCGUAUGACUUUUUCGUCCUGUCUCGUGGUUUAGCGUCAUGGGGAACGGUAGAGUUUGUAGGAUCGGAUGCCCCUGUGGCAGUGGUUCAAGGUGGGAACGAAAGUACCAUCAGAGUGGAUGUCGUGAUGCGUUAUCCUGGACCUCAAGAGGCCAAUUCUAUCGUCAGGGUCUGCGAGAUGGCAGUAGAUGGAGGAGGUAAGGGUGUGGGUGUAUACUCCCCCAUCCUUUCCGACGGUAAAAUCUCCACCGCCUACAUGCUUGAUCCUACUCAGCUACCCACAUUCGAAAUAAUCAUCCGCUUACCCCCUUCUGCUCUUUCUUCCUCACCCUCUCCAAUCUCAAUACCGUCUUUCAUGGUGGAUGUCGACCACAUGUCCAUCCGAAUGGGUAAUCUAUUCACAUCGGCUCAGUUCGGUGUGUGGAAUGUGACGACUCGAAGGGGUGGUGUGUACGUGAAUGGUUUAUCCGCCAGAAGCGCAUAUCUUUACGCCGCUGAGAAUUGCGUGCAUGGGAGUUGGAAUGUCAGUGAGACGCUGGCCAUCAACGUUACCGACGGAUCCAUCACGGCCGAUGUCUACCUCACCACACCUCCAUCCACCGCCACUUUCAACGUGUCUCCUUUUCUCGAUACUGAAGAUCCCACCGACACAUCUUCCACAUCGUCCUCUUCCCUAACUUCUUCUUCCUCAUCUUCCUCCUCUGACCCGGCCCUAUCUUCACAAUCCAACUCCACUUCAGAUCGUCGACAACUCAAACCCAACUCUCCCCGUGACCAGUCCAAAAUUAUACACAACCCAUCGAGAAGAGGUUCCUUCAUUCCCAUCCGCCGUUCACCUCCAUACAUAUACAACACCACAUUCGUCACUGACGCCGGAUCGUUGACCAUUUCUUAUCUCUCUCAACCUCCACAGACGGGUCUUUCCGCUUUAGCCGCCACUGGCGCAGGAGAUGUCUCGCUCUCUCUCUCUCCUAAUUACGUCGGUCCUUGGGUGGUGAAGAAUGCUUGGGGGGAUGUUAGAUUACCUCUUCCGAUAAAAGGGAUAUAUGACGAUGCUUUAGGGUUGGAUAGAGUGAGAAAGGUUUUGUAUGGACCUGUGGAGGUACAAAAGGGGAGUUUGUUUGAUGAAGUUGGCUUUGGGGAUUCUUUGGGGUCGACGGGCUCUACCUCAUUCCCCGGUUCCACACUCCUCUCCGGUGUAUCGUUCUGGGGUAUAGGUAACGAAACCAUACCCAGUAUAUUAUCCGGUGCUGGGAGAGGUAGUCAAGUUGCCGUCCUGGGUCAAUGGGGUGAUGUGAGAAUCAGUUUCGAUGGGACGUGACGGGGUGUAUCUCUUUCCUGCCCCUAUCGUGAAUUGUCUGUCUUUUCGCUUGCCUUUCGACAAUUUUCUACUUAUUGCACCCAUUUCAUCGUCGACAAAACUUUGGCGGGGCUGAGGAGAUUGUCGUGGGCAGUAGGUGAGACAUGUUUUGUGGUGGAGUGAUUAAAUUGAGAUAGGCCCUGAAGGUGAGUAAAGACGAGUGGAGAUAGAAUAGUCGUCUUGGAUGUAAGUGAGUAGAAAGGUGAGAAGUCAUGAAGAUGGUGAUAUUUCACAACAACUUUUGAUGGCUGGAUGUGACAAAUUUGAUCUCU